UUUGUGGCAUUAUUAUAUAUUUUAGCUUUUUAAUUUUUUUUUAUCGUCGUUUGUUAACUAGCAUUAACCUAGCUGUGAGUAUCCAAGGUUAACAGUCAUGGAAUACGGUUACCAUAGCAACCGCCAAACUAAACGGCUUUCACCUAGCUAAUGCUACCACUAGCUCCUUUGUGGCUUGAGAGAUGCGCAUUAUCACCCUGCGGAGUUAUUAGUGAAUAACGCAGCUAGGCUAGCUGAAUUAUUGCUCUGCUGUUGUCUCAUCUGUGAUUGUUUGGAGGAUACAGGGACAAACAUGCCUCAGUCAGCCGGUAUCAUCAGUGGGAUCCAGAGGAUGGUUCUGUAUGAAACCAGAGCUAGGUAUUUUUUGGUUGGGACCAAUCAGGCACAGACCAAACACAGAGUCCUGAAGAUUGACCGCACAGAACCCAAGGACCUGGUCAUAAUUGAUGAUAAGCAUGUGUACAACCAGCAAGAGGUUCGGGAGUUGCUAGGCCGCCUGGACCUCGGCAACCGCACCAAGAUUGGCCAAAAGGGUUCGUCUGGCCUGUCCAGGGCUGUCUCAGCCUUUGGCAUUGUGGGGUUUGUACGAUUCCUCGAAGGGUACUACAUUGUGUUGAUCACCAAGCGUAGAAAGAUGGCGGACAUCGGUGGUCACUCCAUCUACAAAAUCGAAGACACCAGCAUGAUUUACAUCCCAAAUGAUUCUGUCAGGGUUACACAUCCUGAUGAAGCAAGAUAUGUGCGCAUCUUUCAGAAUGUGGACCUAUCCAGCAAUUUCUACUUCAGCUACAGCUAUGACCUGAGCCAUUCGCUACAGUACAACCUCACUUUGCUGCAGAGGCCUUAUGAACUCUGGUCAUCCCCAUCAUCCUCAGAAGAAGAAGAGGUACAAACACAGAGCAAGCAGGACAGCUUUGACAUCUUUGAAGAAGAGGGUUUGCCUACUCAAGUGGUUUACGGCCUCCAGAAUGAGCCGUACUACAAGUACGUGUGGAACGGGAAGCUGCUGGAACGAGUCAAGGACAUAGUGCAUCACGACUGGCUCAUGUAUAUAAUCCACGGCUUUUGUGGCCAGUCCAAACUUCUGAUCUACGGCCGACCGGUUUACAUCACCCUCAUUGCCAGGCGCUCCAGCAAAUUUGCCGGGACCCGCUUCCUCAAAAGAGGAGCCAACUGCGAGGGCGACGUGGCUAAUGAGGUUGAGACCGAACAGAUCGUCCAUGACGCCUCAGUUAUGUCUUUCAUAGCAGGAAGUUACUCAUCAUACGUCCAGGUGCGAGGUUCAGUCCCGCUCUACUGGUCCCAGGACAUUUCCACCAUGAUGCCAAAACCGCCAAUACGACUGGACCAAGCUGACCCAUAUGCGCAUGUAGCUGCCCUCCAUUUUGACCAGAUGCUGCAACGGUUUGGCUCUCCUAUCAUCAUCCUCAACCUGGUCAAGAAACGAGAAAAAAGGAAACACGAGAAGAUUCUGAGUGAAGAGCUCUAUCCAGCUGUGAUCAACCUGAAUCAGUUCCUCCCCCCAGAAAACUGCAUCGACUACAUCGCCUGGGACAUGGCCCGCUACACCAAAAGUAAGUUGUGUAACGUCCUGGACCGCCUGAGUAUGAUCGCAGAGAACGUGGUUAAGCGAACAGGUUUCUUCAUCAAUCGCUCUGACUUCUACUGUCACACCAUAAGACCAGAUGACAGGUGGGGAGAUUUAGGUGGACACCUCACAGCCAGUGGACGAGUGCAGACUGGUGUGUUACGGACCAACUGUGUGGACUGUCUGGAUCGGACCAACACAGCCCAGUUCAUGGUGGGGAAGUGUGCGUUGGCCUAUCAGCUUUAUGCACUAGGAAUGAUUGAUAAGCCCAAACUCCAGUUUGAUACCGACUGUGUGAGAUUGUUUGAGGAGCUGUAUGAGGACCAUGGAGACACUUUGUCACUGCAGUAUGGCGGCUCACAGCUGGUUCACAGGGUCAAGACCUACCGCAAGAUCGCUCCCUGGACACAACACUCCAAAGAUAUCAUGCAGACACUGUCACGUUACUACAGCAAUGCUUUUUCAGAUGCUGACAGACAGGAUGCCAUCAACCUGUUUCUCCAAGUCUACCAGCCGUCGGAGUCCAAGCCACACCUGUGGGAGCUGCCCACUGACUUCUACCUGCAUCAAAGGAACACCAUGGCCCUCCCACAAGACAGACGAAGCUACACUCAGUGGUGGUCAGGAGGAAUAUUGUCCUACCUUCCUGUGGCCUAUGAUGAAGUCGCCUGUGAGGAUACCAUGAAGAAGGUCAAAGUGAAGAGAGUUAACCGCUUUGAUGAGGGUACUGACAUCUACACAGAAUUCUUCAAACCUUAUGAACUUACCUCCUUUGAUGACACGUUCUGCAUCGCCAUGACCAACUCUGCAAGGGAAUUCAUGCCCAAGACAGUAGGAGUGGAUCCAAGCCCAUUCACAGUUCGCAAGCCAGAGGAAACUGGAAAAUCAGUCUUGGGCAACAAGAGCAGUAAGGAGGAGACACUACUCCAGAGAAAGACUGCAGCCAGCGCACCUCCUCCACCGAGCGAAGAGGCUAUCAGCAGCACAUCGGAGGACGACUCAGAGGAGGACCGCGACGACGACGGAUCGGUAUCACAGCGCUCGACCCCGAUCAAACUGCUAACAGAGUCGGGCGAGAGCAAUCGCACACAGGAGGAGUUCCAGCAGCAGCAGCAGCAGCAGCAGCAGCAGUCAUUUAAGGAGCCCUACGGACUUAAUCUGGCUGAGUUUCCUUCUGACGACGACCUGCUCAUUUAUGAAAGGUUUGCACAUCUGGGCGAGAGCCAGCACAGGGUGGAAAGAACUGAACACAUAAACCUGGCAAACAUCAUCUGCUUAGAGCCAGUGUCCUGCUUCUCCGAGGACAGCGUCUACGCAGUUUCUCCUCCGCAAGUCGACAGAGACACCCGUGAUGAGUUCGAGAGCCAUGUGAUGGCGAGUCAGGGCCAGGUGAGGGUGCUGUGCAGGGACGACAUGUUGAUGUACAGAGAAUACGUCAAGAACAGAUACAUGUGAGACAUACGGACUGGAUUCCUGUUACCAGUAUGCAAAUCCAGAUUGUGAACUGCAAUCCGGCACAAAAGACUUUUGUUUGUAGCUUCAGGACCGAGCAACAUGUUUUCUUGCCUUUGUGCUUCAACUACCCACCUUCUUUUUGUUAUGCUAGAAGCACGCUAUCCAUAAUGAAGAAUGAACAACCUGUAUUUGGACUAAACUUUGCAGAUUUAUUUCUUUUGUUGUUGUUAAUUUUUUUGUUUGUUUGUUUUAAUAGCUUCAUAUGUUGUCCAGUUAUAUCUGGGUUUUUUUUUUAUUAAUUCAAACAUGCCUUAAACAGUCUGCUUUUUAUUUGUUCUUGGUGUAAAUUUUAAUUGAGGCUAUUUUAAGAAUGUUAACCAACACUUUUAAAUGUAAAUAUAUGUAAAUUGAUUUAUUGAUAUAAUAUUUUGAA